GGCGCGGGCGCGGGCGGGAGCCUCGGAACGGCGAGGCUGGUCGGCCUGGUCCGCAGAGCGACGGCGACGAUGCGGAAUCGCUGGCACGGCGCCGCCGGCCUCGGGAGGCUGCCGUGGCGUAGCAGGAGCUCCUCCAUGGCCGGGAGCUCGAGGAGUAGUUUCCCAGGAGCGUGUUCUGGUUUCUUGGGAGCGAUCAGCGAUUACAAACUAGCCCUUGAAGGCCCAGUGGCUUACCUAGAUCAUUAUGGUGUUGCUGAUCCCCUGUCCUGUAAGGCUGUGUUUCAGCAGCUCUCUUACAGAAAAAGAGUGCAUCACCUCAAUAUCUAUGUUAUAGUCUGCUGGAGGGAAUUGAAUCAGAUUGGCCCUUCCUUGCAUAUUCCUUUGCACAUUAAUCAUAGUACAAGGUCAUUUCACAUGCUGAAGUUGUCGCACAUAUUUCCUGCAAAUAAUAAUAUAUCUGUCACUACAGGCACUUAAAGAAGCCUUUGAGGUCUUCUGUAACAAGGGUGUCUGGCAGUUCAAGUGCUGAAUUGCUCGCUACCUUCUGUGAUAACAUUCUGAAGAAAGGCUGCAGUGAAAAGCUCAGUGAUGAAGCCAUUGAAGAUGCCCUUGAGAAGGUACAUCUUGUCUUUUCUUUUGCUGCUUUUAUUAAAUUAUGAAUGUGAACUUUUACAUUUGCUAUUGGCUAUUUUUCAGGUGGUAAGAUUGUUUGCAUACA